UGCUCAAGCAUUCCUAAUCGGAUUAUUCAAUUAGCUAUUUGGCUUGACUGGGCUUCGGUUUGGUCAUCAUCGUCAGUUAAUAUGGAACGUUGGCAGAAGAAAGUCGCUGUUGUAACUGGUGCUAGUGCUGGAAUUGGAGCUGCUUGCGCCAAGGCCCUAACAGCAGCAGGUUUGAUAGUUGUUGGAUUAGCUAGAAGGGAUGAAAGGGUUCGAAAGUUAAUUGAAGAGUUGCCUAAGCCUGUCCAAGGAAAUCUACACGCUAUCAAGUGUGAUUUAACCAAAGAAGAUGAAGUAAUGAAGGCUUUUGAAUGGACAGAGAAGAACUUUGGAGGUGUUGAUGUCCUCGUGAAUAAUGCUGGAGUUAUUGAAACAACUCAACUUUGUAAACGUAACAAUACCAAAGAAAUUCGACAAACCAUUGAGACGAAUCUAAUGGGAGUAGUUUAUUGUACAAGAGAAGCAUUCAAUUCUAUGUUGGAUAGAAAUGUGGAAGGACAUGUUGUAAUAGUGAAUAGUGUAGCUGGACAUCAGGUACCAAAUUUGGGACCCGAUUUGCCAUCUCUGAAUGUUUAUCCAGCAACAAAGUUUGCAUUACGAGCUAUGACUGAAAUUUAUCGUCAGGAAUUUUUGAAAAAUAAGUCCAAAGUUCGAAUAACAAGCAUAAGUCCUGGCAUUGUUAAUACAGAUAUCCUUCCGACAGAAAUUCAAACUGUUGUUAAACAAUUUAUGCCAAUGCUGAAGUCAGAAGAUGUUGCCGAUGCUGUUUUAUAUGCAAUAUCAACUCCGGAUAAUGUUCAGGUUCACAACAUUAUAAUCAAACCAAUGGGAGAGAAGUUUUAACACCGAUCAUCAUGAUCCAUCUUAACAAAACCACCUUAAAAUAAAUAGAUUCACAAUUUUUCACCAACGGGUUUAAUGAUAACAUCAUGGAUCUGUAUUGUGAUAAAAUAAUAAAAUAAAAAUUAAAUAAAUAGUUGUUUUAAAAAAUGUGAA